GCCUCGUGCGGCCGUGCCCCCUGCGCCAGGGCCCAUUCGGCUUCUCCGUCGAGAUGCUUCUGUCCCUCGGAAUGCUCAUGCUGUCGGCCACGCAGGUCUAUACCCUGCUCACUGUCCAGCUCUUCGCCUUCCUGAAUCUCCUGCCCGUGGAAGCGGACAUUUUAGCAUUUGACUUUGACAAUGCAUCUCAGACCUUUGAUGAUCUCCCGGCCAGGUUUGGCUAUCGGCUUCCUGCUGAAGGCUUAAAGGGUUUUCUGAUUAAUUCGAAGCCAGAGAAUGCCUGUGAGCCCAUUGCGCCUCCACCUGUGCGAGACAACUCUUCUGGUACCUUCAUUGUACUCAUUCGAAGACUCAACUGUAACUUCGAUGUCAAGGUCCUAAAUGCCCAGCGGGCCGGGUACAGAGCGGCCAUAGUUCAUAAUGUCGACUCCGAUGACCUCAUUAGCAUGGGAUCCAACGACAUUGAUGUGCUAAAGAAAAUUAGCAUUCCGUCCGUUUUUAUUGGCGAAUCUUCAGCAAAUUCACUGAAAGAGGAAUUCUCAUAUGAAAAAGGGGGCCACAUUAUCCUAGUUCCAGAAUUCAGUCUUCCACUGGAAUACUACCUGAUCCCAUUCCUUAUCAUAGUUGGCAUCUGUCUCAUCCUGAUAGUAAUUUUCAUGAUCACAAAAUUUGUCCAGGACAGACACAGAGCUAGAAGAAACAGAUUACGUAAAGAUCAACUUAAGAAGCUUCCUAUACAUAAGUUCAAGAAAGGAGAUGAAUAUGAUGUCUGUGCCAUUUGUUUGGAUGAAUACGAGGAUGGAGACAAACUGAGAAUCCUUCCCUGUUCCCAUGCAUACCACUGCAAGUGUGUAGACCCUUGGCUAACUAAAACGAAAAAGACCUGUCCCGUCUGCAAGCAGAAAGUAGUUCCUUCCCAGGGAGAUUCCGACUCAGACACAGAGAGCAGCCAGGAAGAAAAUGAGGUGUCUGAAAAUACCCCUCUCCUAAGACCUGUGGCAUCUGCCAGUACCCAGUCAUUUGGGGCUUUGUCAGAAUCCCACUCACACCACAACAUGACAGAAUCUUCGGACUAUGAGGAUGAGGACAACGAAGACAGUGACAGCAGCGAGGCCGAAAAUGAAGUGAACGAACACAGCGUUGUGGUCCAGCUGCAGCCUAACUGUGACAGGGACUACAGUGUCGCUAACACCGUGUGACCUUCCGAGAGCGGUUGUGUGCUUACCUAGAUAUAUAUUCUGAUUUUCUUUUGUUUUGUUUUGUUUUGACUCCCUUCAGAGAUUUCGAUAGAAAUAACUGUUAGCAUUCUACAGUGUAAUCGGAUUACUGAAGUCCUUUCUGAAUCUGGCAUUUCUCUGCUAGGGUCGUGCUUCUUUGCACUAGCAACUAAUAAUAAAUGGGUGCUGGUGGUCCAGUACCAACUCUUAACUUCUCUUGGAAUGAAAUAAUAGCCAAAACGUUUUGUAAAAGGAACGUCUCAGAAUAGCUUGCUUUUAAGACUGAGAGCACAGUACGCAAGUGUCCUGUGUGAGUCAGCCUGUCAACGCUGUGGCCACCCUGAGCAUGAGCUGAGCCCACUCCCAUCAUGCCCAUCAAGGCGGGUUGCCCGGGUGGAGUCUGCACUGCCACCAGGAGACACACGAGCUAACUGGAAGUGUUCUCUUCUGUCAGGCCAAACCCAGAGCUGCCUUCUUCCCUUACCUUCGUAAGCAGCCUUUUUCUCCUGAUAGAAAUGAUCUGUACCAGUGCAGAUAUCAAGGUUGGUUUUUUUUUUAUUUUAUUAAUGUUUUUUAAUAUUAGUGUUCUAUCUGAAUUUGAUUCAUCAGUUAUUAUCUCUAGACUUAAUGAAUUUCAGUAUUAAGGGUUUUGUGUUGUGAUCAAAGCAAAAGCAACUGCUGUAUGAAAAUACCAAACUUCAGCAACUGCUAAUAUUCAGAUCAUAUACCUCUUAAUAAAGAGCAUCUAAUGCAUACUAGCCCUGCUAAACUAUGUACAAAGGAGAUUUGUUCACACAUUGGAUUUCAAAAUAAGUGCUAUGUUUCAGAACUAAUGUAUUUAAACAUGUAUUAUGGAAAGCUAAAUUAUAUUAUACAUCAUUGUAACUAUGUAGAAAAUGUAGUGUAUAAUCAAAAAUGCUAAGAGUUUUUAUAUGGCUCGUAAGAAGGGAGUUUGAAUGUUAAUAAAUACAAUUUUCCACUUUAAGAACCAGCAAAA